UCGGGGGUGUGCGCGGCGGGCGGGGCAGAAGGAGUUGGGGGGGGGGGCGCUGCGCACCGACGGGGCGGGCCAUUUCUGCGCAGCGCAGGCGAGACUGGGAGCCCCGGAGCCUGGGUCCCUCCGGCCCGAGUCGCUGCGAGAGCGUCGCUGUCCCUGACGCUGGACAGCCCGAGGCUGGACCGCGGACAGGCUCACUGGUCAUCAUGACGAUGGAGACGGGUCCUGAUGCUGAGGUAAAGAAAGCACAGGAAGACCCUCCACCCCCGCCCCCACAGCAGCUUGAAGCCUCAGCCUCUCAGGCCCCCGUCGCCGCGGCCCCCGCAGGCCCCGCUGAGGCUAACUCCAGCGAGAAGCAGGGCAGCCAGGCUGAUCCCAGGCCCGCCGAGCAGGGCCUAGACAUGGAGGAAAAGGAUUAUGUCGAGACCGAUGGCCUCUCAGACAGGACAACACCCAGCAAGACCCAGAAAUCUCCCCAGAAGAUCGCCAAGAAAUUCAAGAGUGCCAUUUGCCGUGUGACCCUGCUGGAUGCCUCAGAAUAUGAGUGCGAGGUGGAGAAGCACGGCCGAGGGCAGGUCCUAUUCGACAUGGUCUGUGAACACCUCAAUCUCCUGGAGAAAGACUACUUUGGGCUGACUUUCUGUGACCCAGACAGCCAGAAGAACUGGCUGGACCCUUCCAAGGAAAUCAAGAAGCAGAUACGUAGUGGCCCCUGGAAUUUUGCCUUCACUGUCAAAUUCUAUCCUCCGGAUCCAGCCCAGCUCACAGAAGACAUCACAAGAUACUACCUGUGCCUGCAGCUGAGGGCAGACAUCAUCACCGGCCGGCUGCCCUGCUCCUUUGUCACCCAUGCAUUGCUGGGAUCCUAUGCUGUUCAGGCUGAGCUAGGAGACUUUGAUGCUGAGGAACAUGUGGGUAACUAUGUCAGCGAGCUCCGCUUUGCCCCCAAUCAGACCAAAGAGCUGGAAGAGAGAAUCAUGGAGCUGCACAAGACUUAUAGGGGCAUGACUCCCGGAGAAGCUGAGAUCCAUUUCCUUGAGAAUGCCAAGAAGCUGUCCAUGUAUGGAGUGGACCUCCAUCAUGCCAAGGACUCAGAAGGUAUUGACAUCAUGCUUGGAGUCUGUGCUAAUGGCCUACUGAUCUACAGAGACCGUCUUCGGAUCAACCGAUUUGCCUGGCCCAAGAUCCUUAAGAUUUCCUAUAAAAGGAGUAAUUUCUACAUCAAGAUCCGUCCAGGGGAGUAUGAGCAGUUUGAGAGUACCAUCGGCUUUAAGCUCCCCAAUCAUCGAUCGGCCAAGAGACUUUGGAAGGUCUGCAUUGAGCAUCACACAUUCUUCAGGCUAGUGUCUCCUGAGCCCCCACCAAAAGGCUUCCUGGUGAUGGGCUCCAAGUUCCGCUACAGUGGGAGGACACAGGCACAGACCCGACAGGCCAGUGCCCUCAUUGACAGGCCUGCACCCUUCUUCGAGCGUUCCUCCAGCAAACGGUACACCAUGUCCCGAAGCCUCGAUGGAGAAUUUUCUCGACCAGCCUCUGUCAGUGAGAAUCAUGAUGUGGGGCCAGAGGCUGAGAAGCAUGAAGAAGAUGGAGACUAUGGUGGUGGGAGGAGAAAGUCAGAGACAGAAGAAGGGGAGCUCCGGACCCCCACCAAGAUCAAAGAGCUAAAGCCGGAGCAGGAAACCACGCCGAGGCACAAGCAGGAGUUCUUAGAUAAACCAGAGGAUGUACUGCUGAAACACCAGGCCAGCAUCAAUGAACUCAAGAGGACUCUGAAGGAGCCCAAUAGCAAAUUGAUCCAUAGGGAUCGUGACUGGGAACGUGAGCGGAGGCUGCCUUCCUCACCAGCUUCAUCUUCCCCCAAGCAUGAAGAAGGAACACCUAAAGGGACUCCUGAGAAAGCUAAUGAGAGCCAGAGAACAGAGGACACCUCCCAGCUGGAGCCAAGAAUUGCCUUAGGCUUGGAGUCAUUCACCCAGAAAAGUCUUGCAUCAUCUCCUGAGGGUUCGGAGCACUGGGUGUUUAUAGAAAGAGAGUGCUCUCAGCCUGAAGAGCUUAUGUUCAGGAACCUUAGCACCACCCAGCCAGAGGAGCCCCCAACCACAGCCCCAUCAGAUGACCUCUCCAGCAAGGGGGUCUCCAAAGUGGAUGUCCGGGUGGAUAAGUUCAGAGUUGAAGUGGCCACCGAAGAACUGGUCAGAAUGAAGGGACAAGGGGAGACCUGCCAGAGAGGAAGGAUGAUUGCAAGUCCUGAGGACUUUGAGUCUGUGUGGGAAGAUGGUGUGUGGGUUCAAGAAGUCCCAGAAAAACCUUCACUCUUGGCUGGACAGACAUCAGAGGAGAAAAUCCCAGACAUCUCUCAGCCCAAGCUCAGUGGUGGAGAGGUAACUGUUGAGGAAUACAGAGUCUCAGCCAGUCAACUCAAGGGAAAAUCAGAACUCAGGAAGGAACUUGAAGAAUUUCAGGCCUGCAGACAACUUUCAGCAACAGGGGCAGUGGCUCCACAAGAGGUACCUGGGAUGAAACCUGGGGACCUUUGCUCUGAAUCUCCAGCCUCAGAGAAGGAAGGAAUGAAAGCAUCUCUAGGGGACUCAACCAGAGCAGAUUCUAGUGAUGAGACAGAAACCUCUCCAGCAGAAAGGAGUUUCUACUUAAGUUUUGCAGAUAAAGAACAAGAAGAACUAGCUUCCUUUGUCACUGAAGACAGGAAGGUAGCAAAUCUGGGCCCCAUCAAGGAAGAUGGGAAAGGCCAACUGGAAUUGGAAGAUGAGUCAACAGUGGCCCCUGAGCUUAAUUCUUUAGACCAAGCAGUCCCAAUUGUUGGCAGCAAUACUGGUAUGUCCUCAGAAGGCGAUGAGCCCCCAACAAUAGAUGUAGGAUUGGAUGAACUCAAGGUUCUUCUAGAACAGCUGAGUAAGAAAACACCCCUAAGUCACAGACCAUCUAGCAAUGAGAAGAGCUCCUUUGAGAGGAAAGAGGAGUUUCUUGACCCAACAAGUGACAAAUACAUAGAGGAAGAAAUGCCUGAGACAGGCAAUUCUAUAGAAAAGGCUCAAGAGAGCCCCCUAGAUGGAUUCAACAAGCACUCACCCAGUAAAGGAGAAGGAAAUGAGUUCCCAAACAGAGAUCCAGAUCCAGGAGCUGCUAUACUUCCAAAGAGGGUCCCACAAGGAGGUGUGAAUAAAUCAAACAGACAAAAGGAGGGCCAUUUUCUACUCCAAGAGAGAAGAUUAUUUCAAGCUCUAGAAGGAGACCUUGAACUGAAUGAAAAAAAAGCAUCUACAGUAUUUCUUCAGAUGGAAGGGAUCAUAAUGAAAGACUCUGCCCUGGCUUCUCCAGAGAACUCUGAGGUCCUGGCAGCUUGGGAAGUUCAUGCAGACCCACUGCUGCAAAAGCAAGAGCAGCAGUCCAAUGAUGGGCCCUCUGACACAGAACUUCCCAUUGUCUUUCCAAAGACUUUCCGUUUUUCAAAGGGAGGUCUGGGAACCAAGGACACAGCAGUCUCUGAGGGAGCUAACACAGAGGAACUGCCCAUUGUCAAUGGGAAACCCAAAGGUGGAGCCAAGCCAACAGAGCCAGGAGACCUGGUGCUCACUACCUUGGGAAGGGAACCCAAGCAGGGGAUAUCUUUCCAAGCUAGUGGUCAUGAGGGCUCCCAAGAAGACAUUAGCAAGACCUCUGUGGCCAAUAAAAUUAAGAUAUUUGAACGAGGUGACACUCAUGGUGAAGAUAACUUCUGGGCAAGUAUAGGUGAUUCCAGGGCUCUUCCAAGUGAGCAAUCAUCUGAACCCUUCCCAGGCCAGGUGGAGCAGCAGCGUAACAAACUCUUGGAGCUAGGUUUUGUUCAACCUCACCCCCCGAGUAAUAGCUCUAGCCCCAAAGGCACAGAGCUUACUGGUUCAGCAUCAGAUACUGGCCACUUCAUGGAUACACCUGGAACAUCUGUAGAUCCCAUCAGGGCUGUGCUCGUUGCCACUGAAUUAUACCAGAAAAGGGAUGAGGAGCUGACACAGGCACCUGUGGAUUCUGGCUCCGAGGCCACAUUGGCAGAAGCCAGGAGCAAAACUCGGGAACCAGUUCGGGAAGAGAAGGACUUGUCAGGCUCAGCAGUUAAAGUUGCUCCGAAGGAGGAAAGCCAUUCAUCUGGGCCCCAGGCUGCCCAGAGAGCAGGGCUAAGGGAGGGCUCAGAAGAGAAAGUCAAACCCCCACGUCCCAGGGCCCCAGAGAGCGACCCAGGAGAUGAGGACCAAGACCAGGAGCGGGACUCAGUCUUCCUGAAAGACAACCACCUAGCCAUCGAACGCAAGUGUUCCAGCAUCACAGUCAGCUCCACAUCCAGCCUGGAGGCAGAGGUGGACUUCACAGUGAUUGGAGACUACCAUGGCACCGCCUUUGAGGACUUCUCCCGUAGUCUGCCUGAACUGGACCGAGAUCGGAGCGACUCAGAGGCCGAAGGGCCCAUAUUCCCACGGGACCUUGACAAAGCAGCCCCCAGCCAGGAUGAUGACUCGAAGGCAGCCAGUGAAGCUUCAGAACGAGGGGUCUGCCCUGCCCCUGACAUGCCCCACUUUGAGCCUGUGAAAACGGAAACAAUGACUGUCAGCAGCUUGGCCAUCAGAAAGAAGAUUGAGCCUGAGGCCGCAUUACAGUCUAGAAUCUCUGCAGUGGAUACAACCCAACAGGUGGAUGGGGGCACACCUGGGGGGAAAGAGACAACAACUACUUCCCACUCUGUCACCACAGAAACCACCUGCACCACCUUGGAGAACAGUCUGAAGUCUGGGAAGGGGGCAACAGCCAUGAUUCCAGGCCCGCAGACGGUGGCAACAGAAAUCCGUUCCCUUUCUCCGAUCAUUGGGAAAGACGUCCUCGCUGGCGCCUAUGGAGCCACUGCUGAAACCUUAUCCACUUCCACUACUACCCAUGUUACCAAAACUGUGAAAGGAGGAUUUUCUGAGACUAGGAUAGAGAAGCGCAUCAUCAUCACAGGAGAUGAAGACGUUGAUCAAGACCAGGCAUUGGCUUUGGCCAUCAAGGAAGCCAAACUGCAACACCCAGACAUGCUGGUAACCAAAGCCGUUGUAUACAGAGAAACAGACCCAUCUCCAGAAGAAAGGGACAAGAAACCACAGGAAUCUUGACCCUUGUGCAAAGAAGUUGGCAUCUCUAUUCAAACCAACUUGGAGGGCAGUUGAGGAGAGAGCCUUCACACUGGAUUCUGCAACUAGACACAGACAACCCAGCUGCAAUGUUCCGUCCCUGCUGAGAGACUACAAAGGGAGAGCAUAUAUAUGUAUAGACAUAUAUAUAGGGAUAUAUAUAUAUAUAUACACACACACAGCAAACAGAACACAGUCUUGCACUGUUACAGAAGCUGGGGGGAAAGAAAUCAAACCAACGGCUAAAGCAAACCAACCAACCACCUGCGUUCGCCUUUGCAGACAAAUUUAAAAAACAGAUGGGAUUUUUAAGAAAAAAAAAGAAAAAGAAGAAAAAAAUACUACCAUGAUAAAUAAAAAUAAAAGCCAGACCCCUCGUCACAUCGCAGCUGCACAGCAGGCCACAGGCUCUGCGUGUCCCAUCUCAAGAGGACUCGUGUGUGAUCCGUUCCUUCUUUUCCAUCAUCCAUCAUCCACGUGAAUGAGGGGAAAUGCUUUGCAACAAAGCAAGCAUCGUAGAAGCUCCCACAAGAAUAAUGCUCAAAUGAAGGAAAGAAGAUCCCCACCGACAAAAGGAAGGAGUUCUUUCCCACUGGGCCUAGUGGCUAGUAUCCAUACCCCUCUCUCCUCCCUGCUCCAGCUCAUGCUAGUCUUGUCGUAUUCUCUCUCCCCACUGUUGCCCCAUUCUCCUCCUCUCUCCUCUCUGUCGCCCCCUCCCCUCCUGUGUUCCACCCAGGGCUGCCCAGGGAAUUGCAGGCGACUCAUCAUCGGAAGCAAAGAAUACUGGAGAGAAAAAUCUGAAGAGAGGAAAAGUGGACAUUGUGUGUCUGUGGCUUCUCACUACAAUGGUGCAGCCUAUGGGUGGGGUGGGGGGGUAUUCAUACGGAUGUGCUUUUAAGUUAUGUAUAUUAUAUAUAACAGGGAAAAUAUUAAAAUAAACAGUGCUGGUAAGUAUGAUGCUGAAGUUUUUAAAUUAUAAUUAUUUGAUUAUAAUUAUUUGGUUGAUGUAUUCUGAGGUUCUUAGAUCACACUGAAAUCUCACCCCAGGAGGCCUAGAGUCUGUGUGCAGGUUUUGUCAUGGUGGCUGAAGGGAUUGGUGUCGUGAAAUAAUGUGUGGUGUUCGUCUUUGGUGGGUUGGUGGGUAGUGAGGGGCAGGUCCUGGGGUGGUAGAGGAGCAAGGAUUUGGCAAGAAAGCAGCAGAGCCAUUGUCCUGAAUGUGCCAGUUAAAGAGGCCUCACCAUUCUCUGUCCCCAUCUCAUUCCUGCCCCUCCACCAGCCUAGCUGAAUUCUGGAGAGGCCCAGUUUUACUUUGGAAAUGGAGGAAGAGGACUUGGGGCUUACUCGGCUGGCCUGGGACCUCAGACUUCUUUCCUAAGGUCUAGCCUGGGGCCUGAAUCCCUUUUUUAUGGCCACACACCCUUUCCUCCCUGACCACAUUUGUGGCUGAUCUUUGGCCCUGAUUCUAAGAGCAUGGUAGAGCUUACCCUGGCCCUACCUCCCAGUCUUCCUAAAAUUCCUAGUUACCUUCCUCUUGAUGUGCCAAAGGAAGAGCCAGAGUGGCAACAAGGUGGGGACCCAGACCCGGGACAAGAAUUGUCAUGGAUCAUGGAGGACUCUCAAACUCUUGCUCCCAAUGCCCAAAUGUGACCCAGUGACCUUGGAUAAUUUAUUUACCUUCUUUGGGCCUUAGUUUUCUCAUCUGUAAAAUGAGGGAGUUGGACUAAAUCUUUCACUUCCCUCCAGGCUCUAAAAACUAGUGUGAUCCCAGCUGGGAAUAAAAAGAGACCUGGGACACUGGCUUUAUGAAAAUGAUUCCGGUCCUCUUUCUGCAUCUGAACUCUUAAGUCUGAGAACAAUGGAGACCCCUAGAAGAUCCACAAAGAGCCAAAAGAGCUUCAGUCCUUCUGGGCCAUUUCUUCACCAUAUCUCAUGUCAAGGCUUUCCAUUGGUUACUGGCUAAGGCCCAGUGGAGUCAGGGCUAGAGCUGGGUGACCCCCUCCAAGUGGGCUGCCACAGGGUAGGGCAUUAGGAAAGAAAUGCCCCCACUGCACUUUAAACAUCUCCUCCCCUCACUCCAUUCCCCAAACACAUUUAAAUCCUAUUUAUUCCCCUUCUUCACAGAAUCUCAGAGCUAGAAAAAGUCUCAGAGGCUGUCAAGUUUUAACCCUGACCUGAGCUGGAAUCCCUUCUUCCUCCUCCCUGACAAAUAGGGAUAGUGCAAGAGAUGGGGCAGUGUUGUGGCAUUGGGAUCAUCCAGGUCUGAGUAAAUUCCUGCUAACCCCAACGCUAGUCCAGGGGUGCUGGGUGUGCUCCCUUUCCUAGUUUAUUCUAGAUGCCAAGUCUUUAUUCCACUACUCUUUCCCUAAGCACUCUAGGUAAGACAAGAGGUUAAAGUGCUAUAUGGGACCUGCAGACCCCACAGAGAGUUGUGAAGGAGUCCUUCUUCUGGGCUCUAGCCCUCCAUUCCGAAGAAAUGGCCCUGGCCCACACUACCUGUCUCAGGUUCUAAUGGCUCCCACAAGCCCUAUAUCUCCUGUGUGAGUAUUCAGCGAUUACUCUUUCUGGAGGGGGUCAAGGGUCCAUAUGAUCCCCGACAGUUCAAGGAUGAGUCCAUUCACUGGGAAACUCCAGGAACCCUCCAGACAGUCCCGUCCUUUUCUUCUCUAGAGAGGUGAGAAUCAAGGGAGAGCUAAAUCUUUCAGAGGCAGGGAAGCUGCAAAAUAAAGCCAUUGGCUCUUAGCCACCCAUCCUUUGCAUGGAAAACAUUAGGCAUAGGCUCUCUCUCCCUCCUCCACUUCUCUUUUGCUCCUCUUCUCUCUUAGAGGGUAAGGGAGUAAGUAUUCCAGGGGUCAGGAGACCUGGGGUCAUCUUGGUUUUUUUGCCACCAACUCACUGUGCCACAUUGGGCAAAUAACUUCUCUGAGCUUCACGUCCUCAUCCAUGAAAAUGGGGAGGGGAGCUGGACCUGGUGACCCCCUGAGACUCCUCCAGUUCUAAGAUUCUGUGAAGCCUUCAGUUUUCUUUCUCUGGAUCCCUUCGGGUUGAGGGUGCGGGAAGAGUCAGUGCCUGUUACAAAUAUUGAAUCCUGCAAGCACAUUCCAAGACUGGCCUGCAAUGCAUGAACAACGACACACUAUAAAUAAAUUAUUUUUUCAGAAGCACCUUUGACCAGCUGACUUCAACAGCCUCCUUCUUGUUCCCUCGCUAACCCCUGUUCCCUUGUGCCCCCUAAUGCCCUGCCCUACCCCCAGUGCUCCGUGCUGUAUGCGUGUGUGCUCUCUGUUCUUGUACUCAAUAAAAGUGAAAUAAAUGUGUUUGAUUCUGAACCA